UUUGUAGAAGUUGAUCCCGCUCCUAGCCAUUUAGCCUCAUGUCUAAAAGUUCCCUGGGAGCAGUGGGAGAGGAGGCGGGGCUUAAGGGCCAGGCACAGAGCAAUGGGCCUCCUGGGAGUAACUGUGUAUAUAAUGGGUUGGACAGGGAACUGGUCCAGAGGAAAAGGAGUGGCUGAGAAGCUUGUGCCUUCGUUUCUGACACUUGUGGAGAUCCGCUGCAGAGCACACAAUGUCUCAGCCCGACGACCAGCUGGAAAAGCAGAAUCGGCCGGUGAUGAGGGAAGAGGACCUGAUUGGAGCCCGUGAGACUCUGGGGUCAAAGGAUCCACUGAGGAGCAAGACUUUUGAAGUCAUGGAUGAGUGUGAGCGAGCCGGCAAAGCUGCGCCCUCCGUCUUCAGUGCUGUGCGCUCCGGAGCGGAGACCGCCCUCCAGAAGCCGCCGGCUCACAGGAAGAAGACUUGAUCGAGGGAUGUGAACAUUGUUGCAGCAAUCUUGGAAAUCGAAAAACAAGUGGAGUUAAUCAUUUCCCUUUUUCGUUUUCUGAUUGAUUCUUUUUUCAUAAUUUUUUUGAUUCAGCGGAUUCAGUAUAACCUAUAAUUCUUACUUUUCCAUUUGCUCACAGCGGAGUUUUAUGAACGUGUUCCCAUUAGGUAUCAUCCCCAAGGGCGCUGCAGUGACGAACUUUGGCUGCUAAUGUCAGGUGUAAGUCCGCCCUCUUUCCCUAUAAGGAGCGCAAAGCCUUGUUCACUCUUUACCUGAACUAUUUGCACACAUGCAAAAGAAAAAAGCGAAGCUCUUUUAGCUACUUAACAAAAAUGGGUUUUGAUUCAUUUUUUAUUAGUUUUAUGACAGCUGACUCCAGUGUUGCCAACACUCAUGCAUCAGGCGUAACACUCACGCUUUCUGUCUUUCACGGUCGUGUAAGAAAUCUUAAGGCAAAUCUAUAUUUUUCCAUUAUAAACCUAAAAUUAGCUGCAUCAAAAGCAUUGUGAUAGUUUGCAAACCUAACAGACUAUUUACAAGGUAAUAAAACUGUUACAUACGUGUAAAUGUGUGUGCACACUUGUUUCGAACUGAACAUCUCACGCCAAACUUUUCCAACACCAUUUUAACCUGCUAUGUGCACAAUCGCUUAUUUUUGUUUCACAUUAUGUAUAGAUUGAAACAUAGAGGGUAACGAACCACUGUUUACACAAUCAUGUCUUAUAAUGUUUUGUGAAUAAAUGUUUAAAUACAGUCAUGCGAACCCGGUAUGUUUGUUGGCAAUUACUGUGGAGUUAAGCACCACUCUCCUAAUGAUCAACCAGUGUAUUUAAUCACAGUGUAGAAUGCAGAGCUGUGCUGAAGUCAGUGGAGCGCUAGAGGGCAGAGUGGAGCUGCAAUGUUUGAGCCAGCAAGUGAUAAUUUUUGGGCUUUGCAGCCCCAUGUCUGUUAUGGGUCUUAUCAGCAUUGCCUGUUCCAGGAUCUGAUUUUUAAUAAUGUUGUUAUGAUGGUCAUGUGUAAACUUAUUCUGUUAUAAUGAUACAUACAUGGUUAUUACCAUGUUUUGUUAAUGAUUAUAAAACAUUUCUGAGAUUUCAUGCUAAAUUCUUGGCACAAUUGAUUUUGCCCUCAUUGCACAAGCUUUAAACAGAAACGGUGUGUCAACACAUAAGUAAAAAUUCUCCAUUUUAUUACCUUAAAUUCCAACAGUGUGAUUGUGUUACAUGAGCACUGCAUGAUGCCUGAGAUGUCAAACACCUUGUACCUUAAUAAAUUUAAUUACUUAAAUUUCAUUAAAUUACAGUCUUGUGGCCA